AGUGCGCACCAAUAAAAAUCUGAUGAACGUGAGCAACAACCGCCACCACCUCACAGUUAGCUUCUCCUUGGAGCCAAGCGAGUCCAGUUGUGCUGCAGGAUUACGGGAGAGUAACUGGAGGCUUUGAGGGGAGGAAAAAGGGAGGAGGGGCUGUGUUGAGCUGGUGGGCUUCCUCUGCCUUACAGACACAUUUUAUUGACUUGCUAAUUGGACGAGGCGCUCGGAGGAGAGGAUGCGGUGACCGAGAGGAGAUUUUCUCCAAGGGACCGAUACAGACAAGGAAGCAUUGUGGGCUAUUUUAGAAUUUCUUCCAUUUUCGCGCUAUGUCACAACAGAUGGGCUUUUUUUCCACCCCCCCAGUAGUCAUCCUGCUGUGAAUUCCUGGUUUUGUGCAUGACAUUGUCAAAUGGAGGCUCCAGCUGCAAGACGCAUCGUGACAAGUGAAUGAUUUCCUUCUUACUCCCCCCCAAAGCAGGCUCACUUUCACCUAUUUUUAUUUCCCUUUUGGAUGGAUCAGCUCUUCAUCAUCUGCUCCACCUGAUAUCCUGUUUGAUACCAUUCGAUCGCCAAAAGAAUCAUUCAUUUUUGAACCAGGACCUAUCUAAUUGCUGUGCAACAGAAUGACGUUCACUCCCGCUGCCAUGACGGAGUUUUGCAUGCGUGGCCUGGUCGGAGAGAAGGUGCUACUGUGCUGAGGUCUUGCGUCCCAAUGAGCCAAGCAGACAACCCACAGAGACGCACCACCUAUCUCAUCUCCCUCACUCUGGUGAAGGUUGAGGCUUUGCCAGAGGAUGUAGCUGGGAAACAAGUGGAGAAGGAGGGGGAAGGCAGCCCGAAAGAGAGUGAGGAGGUGAGACAUGCCCCAAAAGAGGAGGAAAUACGUGUUGGUCCACAAGCGUCGGAUAAAGAGAGCGCACAAGCGGGAGAAGAAGUGGAGCAGGUGCAUGUCAAGUAUGGCAGCCCGAAUGAGAAGUGGAUCAAAGCGGAGAGAAGAGACCAAAAAGACGUCCCAAUCGCUAAAAGCAAGGACACUGCUCCCGUCCACCCUUCAUUGAGGCAAAUGGUGAAGGUGUACAGCGGCAGCAGCUUCGAGACCACCGUACGCAGAGAGGGACCUCGCAGCGAUGCCUCGCGUCCCAAGACCGAACUCUAUCGGGAGCCUCCAAGGCUCUUCCCAAAGGGCGAAAACGGAGCGGAGCUCAACAACCGUUCCCGCUGCAGCCUCCCUUUUUCAGUGCCGCCUCAGGUUAGCCAGCGCCCCGAAGUCUUGAUGAGGCCGCAUACGGGAGCCAACGCAGCAUGCUGGAAGGAAGCCCGAGAAGCCAACAACAGCUUGUAUCACUCUGCAAAGACUCUGGAGCGGAGGGAUAACCGUAUCGGGGAUCAGUCCCCCUUAAUGGCAGCUACAACUCUGGGGCCUUACAGGGCGUCUUGGGCCGACAGCGAUGGCAGAGGAACGCUCAUUCGUCCCGCGGCUCCCCUCAGUGGAGGCUAUUCCGGAAUCAUGAACAGGGAGAACUCUCACGAGGACAGAUUUAAGGUUUCCUUGGUUACACCAGUUACCUGCGAUGUGAACCGGCCUCCAAGAAAAACCACCAGUCGUACUCUGGAUAACAGCGACCUACAUUGCCUCUCUGAGGACGCCAGGAGAGGGAAAGAGGGCCAAGGAGGAACAAUCCAUAGAGCUCCCGUCCGUGACCGCAAGAUGCUCAAGUUCAUUAGUGGCAUUUUCUCCAAAAGUGCAGCUGUGCCCUCAAAUGUCAGCACUGCAUCCGCCUUGUAUCCCGCCGCGGACAGGGGCUCCAGCGAGGAGGAGGCUGCGUGCACCAGCAGUCAGGAAUGGACCAUCACUCAAACUGUGCAAGAACUUCACCUGGCUGUGUUGGGGGGUCUGUGCAGUGGGAAGUCUGCGCUGGUCCACAGACACUUGACAGGAAGUUACCUGUCACUGGAGAAUGCCGAAGGGCGUCAGUACAUUAAGGAUGUCUUGAUUGAUGGGCAGAGCCACUUGUUGAUCAUCAGAGAGGAGACGGAACUCCCAGGAGCCCAGUUCGCAAGCUGGCUCGAUGCGGUUAUCCUGGUCUUCAGUUUGGAAAACGAGGCCAGUUUCCAGGAAGUGUACAAGAUCUACCAUCAACUUGCCGUCCACCGGCCUGUCACCGAGAUACCUUUCGUAGUCGUGGGCACACAGGAUAAGAUCAGCAGCAGCAACCCCAGGGUCAUCGACGACGCUCGGGCCAGGCAGCUCUGCUCAGACGUGCGCCGUUGCACCUACUACGAAACAUGUGCCACGUACGGCCUCAACGUCAACAGGGUCUUCACUGAUGCUGCUCAGAAGAUCAUGGCUUCCAAGAAGCAAGCUGCUUUACUAGCUUCCUGUAAAUCUCUUCCAAACUCUCCCAGUCACUCUGGAGGCUCCACCCCAGUGUCUGGUGUCUAUCCAGGACAGGCCAGUAAUGGGGGUCAGAGUAGCGAUUACUCCUCAUCGCUUCCCUCCACCCCUGUGAUUAGCCAUAAAGAGAUUGGCAGGUCGGCAAGAGGGGAGAAACAAGACAGUGGCACUCCUGGCUCAGUCCGCAGUGCCACCCGCAGACGCACCGCACGCUUUUCGGGUCGAAGAGGCAGUGACUCAGCCAGGCGAAGUGCAGACUGCAAAGGAGACGUGGGAAGCGGGCGCUUUAUUCCGAUCAAGCAGGGUUUCUUGCUCAAGCGCAGCGGGAACUCACUCAAUAAAGAGUGGAAGAAGAAAUACGUCACCCUCUCCAGUGAUGGCAUCCUGUCAUACCACUCCAAUGUCAAUGACUACAUGCUAAAUACACCCGGGAAAGAAAUGGACCUGCUGCGAGUGACGGUGAAGGUGCCAGGCAAGCGUCCCCCUCGUGCCGUACCUACCGGCGGCCCUCCAGUCGGACUCAAAGAUGUGCAGGGACCAGAGGGUGUCGGCCUGGUUCCUGUCAGUGCCAGCAGCCUCCUGCAAGCGGACGACAUGGAGGGGCUCGGGGGCGCUCUCUUCCUGAGGAGUAACAGAGGCGUGCAGCGAUGUUCUUCCAACGUCUCCAACCACGCUCAAAGUGUUGCAGACUCUGCAGUUGAGGGUGUGUCCAGCUCCUCGUCCACCAAAGAUGUAGGCUCCACAUCCCCAGUGGAGGACAGGAAGAAGCAUCGCAGGAAGAAGAGCAUGAACCAGAAAGGGGACGCCACCAUUGGCCAAGCAGAUGCCAAGCGCAAAAUGUGGAAACUAAAAAGCUUUGGUAGCUUAAGGAACGUGAGCAAAACAGAUGAAGAAAACAAUGACUUUGUCAUUGUGUCGAGUUCUGGCCAGACGUGGCAUUUUGAAGCCCAAAGUGUGGAGGAGCGGGAUUCCUGGGUGCAGGCUAUCGAGAGUCAGAUCUUGGCCAGCUUGCAGCUGUGUGAGAGCAGUAAGAACAAGGCUCGGAAGAACAGCCAGAGCGAAGCCGUCGCUCUGCAGGCGAUUCGCAAUGCAAAAGGAAACGGCUUCUGUGUCGACUGCGAUGCUCCCAAUCCCACGUGGGCCAGUUUGAACCUUGGCGCCCUCAUAUGCAUCGAGUGUUCGGGAAUCCACAGGAACUUGGGAACUCACGUUUCGCGCGUUCGCUCACUCGAUUUGGACGAUCUACCGCGAGAGCUCACACUGGUUCUCAGUGCCAUUGGCAACCACAUGGUGAACUGUAUAUGGGAGGCGUGCACGAUGGGCCACCGUAAACCUCCGCCUGACGCUACCAGAGAGGAACGAGAGUCGUGGAUUCGGGCCAAAUAUGAGCAGAAACUCUUUGUGGCGCCAUUGCCCCCUCCUACUCCCAACGAGGGUCCCGACAUCACACUCUCCGGCCGUCUUCUGCUAGCUGCGAUGGAGCACAAUCUCCCCAAGCUAUUGCUCCUCUUGGCCCACUGCACGAAGGAAGACAUGAAUGGCCCCCCCAGCAUGGCGCUCUCCUCCCGGUCCCUCCUGGCGCUGCGGCUGCCCGGCUCUGCCCUUCAUGCUGCCUGUCAGCAGGCCAACGUGGUGAUGACGCAGCUUCUCGUUUGGUACGGAUGUGACGUUAGGUACAAGGACGCUCAGGGGCAAACAGCGCUGACCCUGGCUCGCUUGGCGGGCAGCCAGGAGUGCGCCGACAUUCUGCUGCAGUACGGAUGUCCCAAUGAGUCCGCCCCUUCCGUUGCCACAACUGCCGGAUCCACAUCCGCAGCCAACCCAGGCUUCCCCGUUGCCAUGACUCCCAACCUGACGGUCGCCACGACGCUCAGGAUCUCGCACAGGGGCGGUGGCGGCGGGGCGGCCAGCUUCAGCUACAGUACGUCAAGAAAAGCCGUAUCAUAAGACAAGAGGAGAGGGUGGGGUUUGCGUAUGUGUGUGUGUGUGUGUAUGUAU